UCACCAAAUAAACAAUUCGGGGUCCUUCGUCGCCGUGUGAGCUCUAUGGUGCUAGCCUUUCGAGCCUCCACAGCUGCACAGUUUUUUACAUUACCUGCUCCCGGUAGACUGCGCCCAUAUUAUUAGUUCACGGUAAUGUUGAAAUAGCAGGAAGUUGCCGCUUUGUUAAACUCCCAUCUACAAUAACUGGUUUGGUUUUCUGACGUCGAAGGGUGUGUUAUUUUUGUUAGCAUCAUUAGCAGCCGCCGCGUUAGCUUUAGCGAACCAAACAAGGUUAUUGUUUGUUAUUAAGCUCUCCAAUUAAACUAUAUAAGAGGGAGGCGUUAAUGAGCAGUCAUGUCGGGCAUCGCUUUGAGCAGACUGUCCCAGGAGCGUAAAGCCUGGAGGAAAGACCACCCAUUUGGUUUUGUUGCUGUGCCUACCAAGAAUCCAGAUGGGACAAUGAACCUCAUGAACUGGGAAUGUGCCAUCCCGGGGAAGAAAGGAACCUUGUGGGAGGGCGGCCUUUACAAACUCCGAAUGCUGUUCAAAGAUGACUACCCGUCUUCUCCACCAAAAUGCAAGUUUGAGCCUCCAAUCUUCCACCCAAAUGUCUACCCAUCUGGCACUGUGUGUCUCUCCAUC